AUGUCUAGCCAGAGCCCCCAAAAGCGGCCACGGCUCUCUCUGCAGAUCAAGGCCCUGUCGACCGGCCCCAGCAUCCGCACGUCGCGCACGCUCGCUGCCGUCGUCAACCCGAGCUCACCUACCGCCUUCAACACGCUGUCCAAUGUCUACUCCACAGCCAUCGACCGGUCAGCCUCUGUGCAGCUGAGCCUGCCGACCACCGGCUCGGCCACUCCCAUGACCGCAAUCCAGACGACCAGCAGCAGCAGCAACAGCAGCAGCAGGAAGCGCCUGUCGAAGCUGCCACGCCUGCAGAUGCCCGACGCCACAACCGGCGACAGCCACACCCAAACGCCCUACGUGACCACCCAGUUCCCCGAGACGCCGCUGACGGCCCACCCGUUGUCUCCCUCAGUGGCCGCCGAAAUCCAGCUCCCCAGCGCCGCUAUCAUGACGGCCACACCGCCGCUGUCGGCCGGACCCAUCGAUUCGGGCUCGGCGGCCGCCCAGAUGUUCUGCUUCUCGCCCGACGGCAGUGCCGACCGCAGCCGCGAGUUCUUCGACAGCAUGCACGUCACCAACGACGAUCGCUACAGCCGCAGCCGCAGCAGCUCCGAGGAGGUCCAGACAGCCAUCGAUACCCGGCUCUUUGGCCUGGGGCUGCCGCCGACGCGAGUUGACAGAGAGGUCGAGGAGGCGGCCACGCCGAGGACAUCCUGGCCAGCUGUGUCUUCACAGCAGAUACAGCACCAGGACCAGGAGCUGGCGCCACCACUGGAACUAUCAGCAGCAGCAGCAACAAAUACGAACAAGCAACUGUCUCGGCGACGUGCCACCCGUCCAGCCACGCUUCUGGGACGACAGCCGCCACCGUAUCAACACCCGCGCUCGCUUCACAGCAUCCUGCGCAACUCGCCGCUGCCGCCACCGAGUGCCCGGUCACCCGUGUCGCCGCGGCGCCAAUCGCAGCGGUUGUUCGAGCGGGCUUCGCGCCACGUCAUGUACAACUCGCCGCUGACGCAGACGAUCACGACCAACACGUACACCCGUUCGCACAUUGAUCUGUUGUGUGAAGAGGCGUCACCGUUUGUGUCGCCCGCCGCUGACGAGACGCGUGACGGCGGCACAACCCCAGGGCCGUUUGAGGAGAUGCGUCGUCGCAUGGCCGGUCUGGGAUCGACGAGCGCGGCCACCACGCCCGUGUCGCCGGUCGCCAGUCUCGGCGUCAGCAGCGGCGGCAUCCGCAAGCGCAAGAAUACCACGCGCCGCGACAAGAAGCGUCGCUGGGUCUGGACGCUCGGACAGGACGACGACGGCGAGGUCGACGAGGAGCACCUCAGCGGCGCCAUGGCCGCGCUGCGGGCAGCCAUGGCGGCCGAGAAGGCGGCGGCAGAAGAGAAGCCAUUGCAGCUCCAGAAUCAGACAGCCGACCACGAGAUUGAGAUGCAGGAUGCCACGACAACAGCACCGCUGGCACUACCACCACCACCACCAGAGGCAGACAAGGCCCGGAAGCGCAAGAGCACGCCUGUGCCCUACGAUCUCGACAACAACAGCCACGACGAGGUCGAGACGCAGACCCCCACGAUGAUGAUGAGUCAGCAUCUGCAAGGCGCCUGUAUGCAGGCAGCAGAGGCUGCGGCCGCCGCAGCGAGCGGCACGGGUGACAACGAGAGACAGACGGUGCGGCUGUGUGUUUAG